GCGCUUUGCAAAAGAAGAACGAACUCUGCGGAGAUAAUGGAAACUCGUAAUCGCGAUCGGAUACGACGUGCGAUCGGCGCGAAAAAUUUCGGUUCGGCGUUUUCGUACACCCUCGCUCGAUAUCGCUGGAUACGCGUUCGAGCAGAGGGCGCGACGAACGGCAAGGCGAAUCUGCGGAGCUACGCAAACUCCCGUAAGAGCAACGCCGAUUAGCGGGUCCUCGGUAGUACGGUCUCGGUGACCGACCGCAGUCGGCGCGCAACAGCAGCUCGCUGGGCGCCGUGCGGGUGUGUAUUGUUACCGACGACACGGGGGAAUACCUCGGCUGGGCACAACGGGCAGGUAGACGGGCGGGCGGACAGAAAAUGGCCAAUUGUCAGAUUGGCUGGUGCAGCAGGCGAUACCUGCCGCCUCGUACUUCGCCGCUGGACGACGAGCGCUCGUGGUAGGGCGGUCUUUCUCUCUCUUCUCUUUUUCCCGCUCUCCCUCCUUCCAACUCUCGCUCGCUAUUUCUCUCUCUCUCUUCCUUCCUCUCUCUCUCUUUUCUCGCGGCUGAUCCACGAGAGGCAUGGCUUCUGGUGCAUCCUCCUUGGACAGUGCUGGGAGUAGCGAUGGUGCACUUAACAUGGAGAGGGAUAGCGGAAGCUACGGCAGUGUCGGAAGUCCAGUCAGCGGCCCCGAGUGUCGUAGUGACUAUGACAGUUUACAGGCACAGUGCGAUCAAGCGAUGCAUCAGCUUCAGCUACUUAGGCAUAAGCACUCCGAUACCAUAAGACGAUGUGAGCAUACUAUGAAGGAAUUGGAAUACUAUCGCGGGCAGCACAUAGCAGUGAUGAAUCAACUGGAAGCGGCGUCGCAAGAGAGCUCCGCGUUGCGGGGAAAGUACGGCGACCUGGCGAAUGACAAGCAACGGCUGGAUCGGGAGGUCCAGACGCUGCAGAAAGAGUUGUCGGAGCUGCGCAUACAGAACCAAGAGGUUCUCGUCUCCGACGCGGCCGGCAACGAUACCAUGAAUCAGCACUAUCCGCUGCGAAAGUACGACGCGGUGAAGGACGAGUACGAUUCCCUCAGGAAACGGUACGAUGACUUGAUAGCGUCUCACUCGUCUGCCGUUAGUAAGCUAGAGUUAUCCAAGGAGGAGGCGACUAGGCUGAAGACCGACUACGAGCAGGUGACGUUGGAACGCAACAGCGCGAUACGCGAGCGCAACGCGCUCAAGCAGCAGUGCACCGCGGCGAUACGCCAAUGGGACAUCGCGCUCAGGGAGAGGAACGAGUACCGCGAGGCGCUCGCCAAGAUCCAGCAGCAGCACGAGGAAGCGGUGAAGGAGAUCAAUCAGGCGAUGGUGCUGCGGAUGAAGGCGAGCAAGGAUAUGAAACGACUGACCGAGGAGCGAAACGCCGCGCUGCAGGAGUACAGUCUGAUCAUGGGCGAGCGGGACACGGUGCACAAGGAGAUUGAGAAACUCACCGACGACCUUUCGCAGGCUUACGGCAAGGUCACGCAUCUGGAGACGCAGAACAAGCAGCUCGCGGAGGAGAAGAAAACGUUGUCUUACCAAAUCGAGACGUUGAAGAGGGAGAUCUCGUCCGCGUUGCAGGACAGGGACGAGACCCUGCAGUUGUGCAACGAGUUACGGCGAAAGUUCGGCGACUACUCGGAGGGCUCCAGCAGGGACUACAAGCACCGUCCGGAGAUGCAUUCGUUCAGUCGCGAGCGCGACAGCGUGAUCAAGGAGGACGCGGAGAGGGAGAGCAACACGAGGGACUACGCGAAGCGGGACAAGGAGCGCAUGGACAAUCUGGAUCAGGCUAAUCUGGAGGUGGACAAACUGCGAAAGUCCGUCGACACGCUGCAGUCCGAGCUGGAGGAGGCGCUGCAGGAGGCCGAGGUGUCGAAGAGGAGGCGGGACUGGGCGUUCAGCGAGCGCGACAAGAUAGUGCUGGAGCGGGAGAGCAUAAGGACUCUGUGCGACCGGUUGCGGAAGGAGCGGGAUCGCGCGGUCUCCGAGCUGGCGGGGGCGCUGCGCGACUCGGACGACAUAAAGAAACAGCGGAACGAGGCGUCGAAGGAGCUGAAGGACCUGAAGGAGAAGAUGGAGUCGGGCGACCACGCGCUGCGCAGCAGCCAGCUGUCGACCAGCCUGACGUGCGACGCGUCCGAGGGCAACGACUGGGAGAUGAUCUCGAUACACGUGGAGCCCGGCUUGGACGCGGAUCUGGGACUGAUCCUGGUGGGCGGCCGCGACAGCCCGUAUUACCCGAACGACAACGGCGUCUACGUGGCGCAGGUGACGCAGGGUAGCGCCUUGGACGGUAAGCUCCGCGUGAACGACUGCAUCACGCGGAUAAACAACGUCGACUGCGUGUCGUCGCGCAUCAUCACGGAGACCCUGCGCUCGUCCGGCACCGUCGGGCCGACGACCAUGAUCGUGAGGCGCCGUCGAAUCAGCAGACGUUCGCUGAGGACGACGCAGCUGUCGGUCGGCUCGGUGCCGCACGGUAUCGCUCUCGAGCUCGGCAUCUACAUCGCCAAGAUAUCGCCCGGCAGCUUGGCGGCCAAGGACGGUAACCUCGCGGUGGGCGACAGGGUGUUGAACAUCAACAGCAAGCCGAUGGACACGGUGACGACGGUGCACGAGGCGGUGGCGAUUCUCAACGACACGACGAUAGACGUGAUAACCAUCACGACGCUGAAGGGCAUCCCCGUGCCGUCCGAGACGGUCACGCUGGACGCCUUCGCCGCUUCGGAGAAGCAGAAGAUGGUGAACAGCUGCUCGCAGACCGAGCAGGAGAGAAUGAUGCUGAAGGCGGACGACUACGAGAGGCGAUACCUAUCGACCAACUUCGGCGAGCGGAACGUCGCGUACAAGGCCGCCGCCAAGUCGGUGAGCGGGGAGAAAUCGAGCGGCAUCAGCAACGCCUGGGACAACUUCCGGGAGAAGAUCGACAUAGUGAGGGGCCGCAACAAGCACGGGGGCAAGGAGCGCGACGACAAGAAGAAGGGCCACCGCAACUCUAGUCCGAACACUUACGAGCAGGAGCAGGAUGCGAUAGCGGAGCUGGACUCGGUGAUAGACAGCUACCACAAGAAGGGGAACAACGGCGUGCUGAAGCGCAGCAAACGUCGCGGAGCGGAGGAGAAGAACGGCGGCACGUGGCCGAAGGCGCGCGGCGUACCGCUGAUACAGAACGGGACCGGUACUAUAUUGCACCCGAGAAAGACGAAAGAGCGAUUCCCCUUGAGCGUAAUCCUGCCGAAAUACGAUAAUUACAAUCGCAUCUCCAACCCCACACCCCUGACCAGCUUUUCCAAUGUGAGUAAUCGGCAUACCGUUUACAAAGCAGUGGAGACGCCGUUGCCGAGCUUCACCAAGUCCGGUCAGCUGUACAGCCAGCGUUCCUUCACACCGGCGGCGGUGCAGUUCGUCGACUCGAAGAAGCCGGAAUUGGUCGAGACGGCGGAGACGCGACUCUCCGAGACCGACUUUUCCCUCAAGUCCGGUCUCGACUACUUCGCCAAACGGCCGACGCAAAAGUACGAGGAGACGCUGCACAACCGCGCGCACUCGCAGCUCUACUCGGCCGCCUCUUCCGGCCCGGCGCGGCAACAGGUCGCAACAGCCGCCGGUAACUUUCCGUUUCCCCAUUCGUACGCGCACUCGCAUCAUCCGCAGCCGAACUCCUCCCUGUCCUCGCGCUACCCCUCGCCGCCGUCGCUGCCGUCCGCGCAGUCCGGCGAGUCGAUCGGCCUACCCGACGCACGUUCUUACUGUUUCGAGCCCCCGUACAGUCCCGCGCCGCAGACCGCCGUCUACGGUCACAUGCACACCCCCUCCGUAGAUCUGCACUAUCACCACAAGACGCGCGCCCUGGGCAUCCCGUGCGACGUGCCGCAUGGAUACGAGGCCGGCACGUUGCCGGGCAGGAAGGAGGAUCAGCGGAUCCGCAUACCGUCCAACACCAGCGUCACGUCCAAGAGCAGCGUCGGCAAGCUGUCCACCGGUAGCAUCGAGCGCACCUCCGAGAGGGGCAGCCCCAUGCCCACCUUUCACGUGGAGGUGCUGAGCCCGGGCAGCACCGGUAGCAGCGCCAGCACCGUCAGGGGCGCCAAGCGCGCCAGCAUGCCCGAUUACUGUUACUCCCAGCCGAGGCCGGCGCCCGGUGAGCUGCGACGCGUCCACAUCGACAAGUCCGUCGAGCCGUUGGGCAUUCAGAUCUCGUGCCUCGAGAGCGGCGGCGUAUUCGUCUCCACCGUCUACGAGCACAGCCUGGCCUCGCAGGUAGGCCUGCAGAUCGGCGAUCAGUUGCUCGAGGUCUGCGGCAUCAAUAUGAGGAGCGCCACCUACCAGCUGGCCGCCAACGUGCUCCGUCAGUGCGGUAACUCGAUCACCAUGCUGGUGCAGUACAGCCCGGACAAAUACACCGAGCUAGAGGGCUCGGCGUCCUCGAGUUCGUCGGAGGCCGGCGACGGGGAGGCCGCCGGGAGCCGCAGCGGCUCGCCGACGCCGUGCAACAGCCCGGAGGCGCCUCGUAAGACCGCGGUCGAGCAGCCGGCCGAGCCGGAACGCGACUCCACCACCACCACCACGACCGCCGCGCCCACCAGCACCAACACCACCACGAUGAGCUCGCUGCGCGUCGAACGAGACAUGCGGCCGUCCGCGUCGCUGGACGUGAGGAGCACGCAGGAACGGGAGCGCGAGAUGCGGCCGUCCGCCUCGCUGGACAUCAACAUCCGCAAGCCGGAGUUGCGCAGCGCCGCGACCCUCGACCGGCUGAAUCGCGCGCAGAUGCUGCGGCAGAACGCGAUGAGGAGCCCGACGCAGGAGGAGCAGAGCAAGAAGCCGCCGCCGGGCGGCGAGCCGCGAUACCUCUUGAUCGAGACGAGAAAGUGCUCGAACCUCGGCAUCUCGCUCGUGGGCGGCAACGGGGUCGGUAUCUUCGUGCAUUCCGUUCAGCCGGGCUGCCUCGCCGAGGAGGCCGGCUUGUUCGCCGGCGACAGGAUCCUCGAGUACAACGGCGUCGACCUGAGACAAGCGACCGCCGAACAGGCCGCCCUCGAACUGGCACGACCGGCGGACAAGGUGACACUGGUCGCCCAGUACAUACCCGAGCGUUACAACGAGGUCAAGGACAAGCCGGGCGAUAGUUUCUACGUCAAGGCGUUGUUCGACCGGGUCGGCGAGGUCGGUGACAGCCUGCAGCUGCGCUUCAACAAGGACGACAUACUCUACGUCGACAACACCAUGUUCAACGGCACACCGGGUCACUGGCGCGCCUGGAUCGUCGACCAGACCGGUCGUAGGCAAACUUGCGGAAUCAUCCCCAGCAAGUUCAAGGUUGAGGAGGAGCUGCUUCUACGGCGGUCCUUGGGCGAUUUGGAGCAAGACGCCGGCAAGCGUAGCAACACCAGCGCGAGGAGGAGCUUCUUCCGCCGCAAGAAGCAGCAGCAGCGAUCGUCCAGCAGCAGAGACAGCAAGGAACUGUCGCAUCUCACGGGGGUGAAUUUGGGAUGGUACAGCGACAGCGGGACGUUGAACGAGGACACCCUCCCCGCGAGUUAUCAGCGGGUCGAGAGACUCGACUAUCCCACCCUGAGACCUGUGCUGAUCCUCGGUCCGCUCAGCGAAUGCGUGGUGACGAAACUCCUGCAGGAAUAUCCGGGUCAGUUCACCAGGUGCCUAGCGGAGGCGAUGCAUUGCUCACAGGCGACCUUGGAGCAAGGUCUGCGCGAUUCGCUCUACGUGGAUUACAGGAAGAAGGGCAGCUACUUUGAAUGUACAACGGUGCAAGCGGUCAAAGAUAUAUGCGAGAAGAAUGCGCAUUGUAUUUUGGAUGUGUCUAUCGCUUCCAUCGAGAGGCUGCACAGACACCAAAUUUACCCCAUCGUCCUGCUGAUCAAGUUCAAGGAUAGGACGCAGAUCAAAGAGGUGAAGGAUUCGAGAUACCCGAGCGACAAAAUCAGUACAAAGGCGGCGAAAGAGAUGUACGAACAGUCGCUCAAGAUGGAAGCAGAGUAUAAGCACUACAUCUCCGCUGUUAUUCCGGCGGGCGUGAAUGUGGCGUACAUAUGCACGCAGGUGAAAGCCUCCGUAGAUGACGAGCAGAGCAAAGCUCUAUGGGUUCCUAGAGGAGGAGGUCCCUGACACAAAAGGGGGGGUCCCCACAAGCCGCAGUGGAAGUCAAUCUAAUUCCACCAGGGGGCCCUUACGUCGUGCUUAUGCGCAACAUUGCUUUCGUUAUUUAUGGUCUCUUGAUUUCCCGGAGGAGGAUGUCACGCGGAUCCUUCGCUCGCCGCUACCGAUCGUGCUGUUCACUCAGUUUGGUUGUGAUAACGAUUCUCGCAACGGUAAACCAUCUUACAUUGGCGCAUUUAGCUCGUUGAAAUCUCGCGAUGCAAAACAGGUAGACACGCGUACUUCGUCGCCUUUCUCUCGGUCGCUGUUGAACGAACUCUUUUUUUUCCUACUUUUUCUUCUCGCAUCGAUAUGUUAUAUAUAUACAGCUCGCAUCUGUGAUUGCGACAGAGACUAUACGUGUACGCGAAGUAUCAUCAUCUUCGAUGCGAUCUCUUGAAAACGGUUUUCUCGAGAAAGAUUGUAUUUUAUUUUGCAUUUUGCCCGUGCAAUCAAGUGUUGAAUGAUUUACCAAUUAAACGCUCGUUAUUUUUCGCCUCUUCUUUUUCUUUCUUAUCACUCGCUUGUGACAAAUUGGCUGAAAGAAUCAAACGCGCUUGAUAGCCAGUCCGCUUCAUUCGAUCGCGUGUAAGUUAAAUGACACAACGGGAGAUGCAGCUAUAAGAAUCACGAAAACUAAUGAUUCGUUCGAGACCAUAAGUGGAUCAUUGCGCCAGACGGCGUGGGAACACUCGUCGUAUUACGGCCCGUUCGAAAUAAAAGAUUGGUGGAUUAAUAUUGACGAAUCGCGCGUAAAGUACACUUUAAUUAGAGGUUAAGCAAGCGUUAUGGCCAUUUCGCUGGCCAUCGCGGCGUUUAACCCCUCAGACCGAAGAAGCGAUGUACAGAGUCGAGAGAAAUGGAUUAUUUUCUAUAAGUAGUGAAAUUGUACAGAGAGAGAGAGAGAGAGAAACACACGCUAUAUAAACUAUACAUAUAUAUACGUACACAUAUAUAAAGUGUGUGUGUGUAUGUAUAUGAAAAAGAAAGAGUUACUUAUAUGUAUAUACUUUUUUUUUAUUUACGCAAGUUUACGAGAAACGCCCGCUGAUUCUCUUAGUUUGUACCGCGCAGAGACUUAGACUUAAGUUGUGUAUAUUGCUUUAUGCUAUUUUUUUUAACCACACAGGAUAAGUUGUCAAAGGUGAGAGAAGCGAUCUAUCGCGCGUGCGCACACAACUUGUAUUUAAACGCGUCUGAGGGGUUAAUACGCGCAAAUACAGCGGUAAAUUAAGGAAUUGAGAGAAGAAGAUUGUUUUCUUCUUCGAGACGGAAGGAGCGAUGGAAUUGACGCGCGACACACUCCUGUUCCUGUUGACCGAAUUGUAAAUACGUGUAGUGGUCGAGCGAGAUCGAAAACGAACGUUAGUAAGCACGCAUUACGUUUGUGUAAUUGUAACGUGAUCCGAUUGCUUAUUCACGUCUGAGAGAUCGGAGCUUUCGUAUCGCGAUUUUACGACACGCGCCGUUCUUAAAUGAGCUUAUACACACACACGCUUUAACACACGCGCGGGAAACAAAGGAAGAGAAAAAAAUAUGUCGUGAACUUGAAAAGAUCCGUGAGCGUGAACAUCCGUUCUUAUGGUAAAUAUUUGUACAUAUACGUUCUUUUUUUUUCUACACGCACGAAGUGUCGCGAGAUGAACGAUUUAGAGGAUAUUUUGUAAAACCAAUGUAAUAUUAAUUUACGGAUGCUUAGUGACGUAUGAGUUAACCGUAUCUGUACCUGAACCGGUGAUUUCUUUGUAAUCUGAACGUAGAUGCGAAUCUUUUCCCUUUUUUACUGAUCGGACGAAUAAGGAUUAAGAGUAAUGUACGAGGUACACCCGUGAUGUAAACAUUUUUAUAUUGAAACGAGA